GGUAGAAUGUUUAUGUUUUGAAACGCCUGUGCUUGAUGCAUUUUAUCAUUGGAAGCUGCAUUUUCUUGUCUGUUUUACGACGCGAAGAACAUGGAUGCUACAACGCCAGCCCCGGAUGAUAUUCGCAAACUGCAGGAUACGACAGUAACAUUGCGAAUGAAUAUUCCUGCCAUCUACAAGAAGUUGCUUUUGAAGGAGUGUGAAUUGGAACAUCAAAAAAUUGUUGACACAGACAUCUGUGUACCGAAACAACCGAUUCACGAAUUAAACAAGCUGGAACGAAUUCAACGACAAGAACUACCGCUUCGAAGCGCUGCACAGGAAGUGCAAGAAGUACAUCAAAUGUUGAACGUUUUAGAUAAGCUGUUCCCGAUUAGCAGACGUUGA